UCCGGGUUACCGCAGGUUGGAGCGGACCAGGCGGAACCUUUCGGAAGCGCCUCCGGUAAACAAGCGCAGCGGGGACACUUUAGGACAACGCACGCCAGUCUCCGCGUGCUGUCGGCUUGGAGCAGCGCGGGCGGAUGUGAACGUUCUGUCGACUCCCUCCUUUACCGUGAGUGGAAUGGACGUGCUAGCGGAGGAGUUCGGGAGCCUGACCCCGGAGCAGCUGGCGGCGCCGAUCCCGACCGUAGAGGAAAAAUGGAGGCUGCUUCCAGCGUUUUUAAAGGUGAAAGGCCUUGUGAAACAGCACAUAGACUCCUUUAACUAUUUCAUUAAUGUAGAGAUUAAGAAGAUAAUGAAAGCCAAUGAAAAGGUUACAAGCGACGCUGACCCCAUGUGGUACUUGAAAUAUCUUAAUAUCUAUGUUGGACUUCCUGAUGUUGAAGAAAGCUUCAAUGUAACGAGACCAGUGUCCCCCCAUGAGUGCCGUUUGAGGGACAUGACGUACUCUGCCCCAAUCACAGUGGACAUUGAGUAUACCCGAGGCAGCCAGAGGAUAAUCCGCAACGCCUUACCCAUUGGCAGAAUGCCCAUCAUGCUACGAAGUUCAAACUGUGUGCUGACAGGGAAAACUCCAGCAGAGUUUGCCAAAUUGAACGAAUGUCCAUUGGACCCAGGCGGCUACUUCAUUGUUAAAGGAGUCGAAAAAGUCAUUCUUAUCCAAGAGCAGCUGUCCAAGAACAGGAUCAUCGUGGAGGCAGACAGGAAAGGGGCCGUCGGAGCUUCAGUCACCAGCUCCACUCACGAGAAAAAAAGCAGAACCAACAUGGCUGUGAAGCAGGGACGGUUUUAUCUGAGGCACAACACUUUGUCUGAAGACAUACCCAUCGUCAUCAUAUUUAAGGCCAUGGGUGUCGAGAGUGACCAGGAAAUUGUGCAGAUGAUUGGAACAGAGGAGCACGUGAUGGCUGCGUUUGGGCCCAGCUUGGAGGAGUGCCAGAAAGCUCAGAUUUUCACACAGAUGCAGGCGUUAAAAUAUAUAGGGAAUAAAGUAAGAAGACAAAGAAUGUGGGGAGGUGGACCAAAGAAAACAAAAAUAGAAGAAGCAAGAGAACUCCUGGCUUCUACCAUUCUGACCCAUGUACCUGUUAAGGAAUUCAAUUUCCGAGCUAAGUGCAUCUACACAGCAGUGAUGGUGCGAAGGGUGAUUCUAGCCCAAGGAGAUAAUAAAGUCGAUGACAGAGACUAUUAUGGUAACAAGCGACUGGAAUUGGCGGGACAGCUCUUAUCUCUUCUUUUUGAAGAUUUGUUCAAAAAAUUUAAUUCAGAAAUGAAGAAGAUUGCAGACCAGGUGAUUCCUAAGCAGAGAGCAGCCCAGUUUGAUGUUGUGAAGCACAUGCGUCAGGACCAGAUCACCAAUGGCAUGGUGAACGCCAUCUCCACUGGCAAUUGGUCUCUAAAGAGAUUUAAAAUGGACCGCCAGGGUGUGACCCAGGUGCUGUCUCGGUUGUCGUAUAUUUCUGCACUCGGCAUGAUGACAAGAAUCUCUUCCCAGUUUGAAAAAACAAGAAAAGUGAGUGGUCCUCGUUCCCUCCAGCCAUCUCAGUGGGGGAUGCUGUGUCCCUCUGACACACCUGAAGGAGAGGCCUGUGGUUUGGUUAAAAACUUGGCCCUUAUGACACAUAUUACAACUGACAUGGAGGACGGACCUAUUAUUAAGUUAGCUGGUAACCUGGGAGUAGAAGAUGUGAAUUUACUAUGUGGCGAAGAACUCUCUUACCCCAAUGUGUUUCUUGUCUUCCUGAAUGGCAACAUCCUAGGUGUCAUCCGAGAUCAUAAAAAGCUUGUCAGUACAUUUCGGCUGAUGCGAAGAGCAGGCUACAUCAAUGAAUUUGUUUCUAUCUCUACAAAUCUUACAGACCGCUGUGUUUAUAUUUCCUCUGAUGGAGGACGGUUGUGCAGGCCGUACAUAAUUGUCAAGAAACAAAAGCCGGCAGUCACAAAUAAGCAUAUGGAAGAGUUGGCUCAAGGUUACAGGAACUUUGAAGAUUUUUUACACGAGAGUCUAGUUGAAUACUUAGAUGUGAAUGAAGAAAAUGAUUGUAACAUUGCACUCUACGAGCACACGAUUAAUAAAGAUACCACCCACCUGGAGAUUGAACCCUUCACUCUUCUUGGUGUUUGUGCUGGCCUCAUCCCAUACCCGCAUCAUAACCAGUCUCCAAGGAACACCUACCAGUGUGCCAUGGGCAAGCAAGCCAUGGGUACCAUUGGAUACAACCAGCGAAACAGAAUUGAUACACUUAUGUAUCUACUGGCAUAUCCACAAAAACCUAUGGUUAAAACGAAGACCAUUGAGUUGAUAGAUUUUGAGAAAUUGCCAGCUGGACAGAAUGCAACCGUUGCUGUGAUGAGUUACAGCGGCUAUGACAUUGAAGAUGCGCUUGUCUUGAACAAGGCCUCCCUAGACAGGGGUUUUGGGCGUUGUCUUGUGUAUAAAAAUGCUAAGUGCACAUUGAAGCGAUACACCAAUCAGACUUUUGAUAAGGUGAUGGGUCCCAUGUUGGAUGCUGCUACCAGAAAACCCAUCUGGCGACAUGAAAUCUUAGAUGCAGAUGGCAUUUGUUCUCCAGGUGAGAAAGUAGAAAACAAACAGGUGCUUGUGAACAAGUCCAUGCCCACAGUGACCCAGAUUCCUUUGGAAGGAAGUAGUGUGCCGCAGCAGCCGCAGUACAAAGACGUACCCAUCACGUACAAAGGUGCAACAGACUCCUACAUUGAGAAAGUGAUGAUCUCCUCCAAUGCUGAGGACGCUUUCCUCAUCAAGAUGCUUCUGAGACAGACGCGGCGGCCAGAGAUCGGAGACAAAUUCAGCAGUCGUCAUGGACAGAAAGGUGUCUGCGGCCUGAUCGUCCCCCAGGAGGACAUGCCAUUCUGCGACUCUGGUAUCUGUCCCGACAUCAUUAUGAACCCGCACGGCUUCCCAUCGAGAAUGACGGUCGGAAAGUUAAUUGAGUUGCUGGCUGGCAAGGCAGGUGUGUUAGACGGCAGGUUCCACUAUGGUACCGCCUUUGGAGGGAGUAAAGUAAAGGAUGUGUGUGAAGACCUCGUUCGCCAUGGCUACAACUACCUGGGGAAGGACUAUGUCACCUCAGGCAUCACAGGUGAGCCCUUAGAAGCGUACAUCUACUUUGGACCCGUGUACUACCAGAAGCUGAAGCACAUGGUGCUGGAUAAGAUGCACGCCCGGGCCCGGGGACCACGCGCCGUGCUCACCAGGCAGCCCACUGAAGGGCGAUCUCGUGAUGGUGGCUUGCGUCUUGGAGAAAUGGAACGUGAUUGUUUAAUCGGCUAUGGAGCAAGUAUGCUUUUGCUGGAGAGACUAAUGAUCUCAAGUGAUGCCUUUGAGGUUGAUGUCUGUGGGCAGUGUGGACUCCUGGGAUAUUCUGGCUGGUGCCACUACUGCAAGUCGUCAUGCCACGUGUCCUCGCUCCGCAUCCCGUACGCCUGCAAGCUGCUCUUCCAGGAGCUGCAGUCCAUGAACAUCAUCCCCAGGUUGAAACUGGCCAAGUACAAUGAGUAAGGAUGGGACACGGCCGGACUCUGAGUGACUUCUGAGAGUCAAAAAAAAGCUGAGAGGAGGAGCAGCAGCCUUCUGGGUUCCAAAAGGCUGACUGGACAGCCUUGACCAAGAGCUUUGAUUUACGAGAGAUGCCGGCCCCCCAGACCACAGCCUCGUGCCGAUUCACAGGGGCACACAAGCUAGAGAGGUUAUGAACUGCUGUUGAUUUUCUUUUGAUUUGAGUUAGAAUCUCACUCUGUAGUCCAGGCUGGAUUUGAGCUCAUCUCAAUCCUCCUGCCUCCAUCUCUCACAAGUGCUGGAUUUACAGGUAUGAGCAAGCAUGCCUGGCUUAUUUAUGUUGUUACAUUUUAAAAUGUACUGAUUUAGAAAAACCUUCCUUACAAUUCCCCAUGACAUCUUCUGGUUAACAGAACUCUGGUUUCUCAUCAGAUGUGCAGGAGGUAAAAAGUUGUUUGAAUUGGGACUAGGAAGUUGGCUGUCAGUAAAGUAUCUGUUGGCGCAAACAUGAAGCCGAGUUCAUCCCCAGCGACCCACAUAAGAGCUGGACAUGCACCUAGCACCCGUGUGGGUCUGCUGCUGUGGAGGUGGGGUCGGGAGCAGCCAGGCAGGUCCUGAGCUUGCAGCCAGUGUAGCCAAUCAGGGCACUUCAGGUUCAGUGACAGAUCCUGGCUUAAGAACUGAAGCGGGGAGUGGUGAGGAAGACUCCCAGUGUCCACCUCUGGCCCCACACACGUACGGAUAGUUAGACUUGUUGGGAGAAGUAAACUGACACCCAGGGGUGACACAUGGGCUCUCUGGGGCGUGGAAGGGCCAGCGGUUACAUAAGUCUCACACACUGAGACUUGAGUCUUGGUGGGAUGUGAUCAGUGCAGCCUGCCUUGUAAGAAUGUCCUUCCUUAAAUAUCAGAUGGCAGUUAUUUUGAACCUCCAAAAUACCUGGGUACAGUGUGUGGACACGUGGUCAUCCUUGUCCCUUCCAUUCCUACCAGGAUGUUAAUUGUCCAUUCUCCCUACUGUUGUACCCUGAAGCCCAAUAAGUAUUUGUACUAAUGAUUAUUUAUAUUAAAAAAUAAAAGAGUCCAAAAGCAUUGAGUAA